AUGAUGUGUUGGAAAAGGGCAGUAGUAAAAAUGGCCUUCAGCAUGGAAUCCCUGAGGCAAGCAUUGCACCUCUCCUUUUCCGAUGGUCUAUUAGAGUCCUUGGACCUGGAAGGUGUCGCUAAAUUGAUCAAAAGUGGCAAGGUCAGGAAUAUCAUCACUGCUGUAGGUGCUGGAAUCUCUACCUCUGCUGGGAUCCCCGAUUUCCGAAGUCCAUCUACAGGGAUUUACGACAACUUAGAAGAAUACCAUUUACCUAGCCCUAUGUCAGUUUUCGAACUUAGCUACUUUGAGAAAAAUCCAAAACCCUUCUUUGAAGUUGCUCGGCGUCUCUACCGCCCCUAUGCCAAGCCCACUACGGCCCACUACUUUAUCAAACUCCUGUGUGACAAGGGCUUACUUUUACGACACUAUACCCAGAAUGUGGAUCAGCUAGAGCGUAUAUCAGGUCUUCCGGAGGAUAAAAUGGUGGAAGCGCAUGGAUCCUUCCAUACCGGCCACUGUCUCGAGUGCCAUAAGGAGUAUCCAUUCGAGUUCUUCAAAGGCAAAAUUCUGGCCAAGGAAGUGCCCAAAUGCACUGAGGCGAAUUGUGACGGGGUAGUGAAACCCGAUGUUGUGUUCUUUGGUGAGGGACUUCCAUCGAAAUUUACACGUGGAGUCAAACGGGACUUCCCGAAAUGCGAUCUUCUGAUAAUAAUGGGAACCUCACUGCAAGUACUUCCAUUUUCUGGCAUCGUCAACUGCACUAAACGCGGAGUUCCACGUCUCUACAUCAACCGUGAAUACACGGACGGUUCAACUUCGGGUUUUGUUUCUUUCAUCAUGAAAUGGCUGGUCGCUGGAUUUCGUGCCAAACCACUUCAGUGGGGCCAGCCGGGCAACAAAACGGACGUUUUCGUUAAGGGUGACGCCGAUGGCAUAUGUCUUCGAUUUGCCGACUUACUCGAGUGGAAGGAUGAUCUGUUGCGGAUUCAGUCUACCAGGAAUGCUGAACUGGAUCGAGAGUUCGAAGAAGAACGGAAAUCCUCACGUUGA